AAUUUCAAAUAGGAUUGUCGUUCAGAACGUUCAAAAUGAUUUUUUGUCAGUGUGUUUUCGUAGUCUCUGUUUUUAUUUUUUUUUAACGAAUUUUGAUCAUUUUACAUUUUGAUUAUUGAAAUAUUAAGAAGAUGAGGGUGUUAGUUUCACCGGGAAAACCCGUUCCAAUCAAAGUCCCGAGGACGGUGGAAUCUCACAAUUCGAAGACGCAUUGUAACGACGCUGAAAGAAUUCGUGAGGAAAGACUACUUGCCAAAUUUGUGGAUCAAAUAGAAAAGAUGCAGCAAAAGACUGCACAAUUCAAUGGCGCUGCCAGAUCUCUAUUUGCGAAUGUCGAUAGAGAGGACGAGGACAAUGACUUGCUGCGAAAAUUCUUCGAUGAGAUAGACCGUGAUCGUCCAUAUUGUGACACUUCAAGCUGUGUCGAUCCAGUGUUAGAAGGUCCGAAGAACUACUCGCUCGAUGCUCGGUUAUCUCAAGUCUCUAAUAAUGACAGUCAGUCGGAAAUGGAUUUUAACAGACUGACUGGUGAUUACGCCAAGGAAAACUGUAAGCAAGGUACUUGCAGUGGUUACGAAAUGGGUGUCGGUGCUCAACGAAAUUUAGCUGGACCAAGUGGAGGGCUGCCAUUACUGAACAAUCAAGCCGAGCAGCAACAGCUGUUGAUGUUAGAAUUACAGAAGCAGUUGCAAAACUUUACUGUGAUGAUUCAGCAGCAAUAUCGACAGAAAUUGGGAGAAAAUGAGAUGCGGGAAACGCAGGCACAGACUACACAAGAAUCAGCAGUCAAAGAAGCUGAGAGCAUGCGAAUGCAUUCAGAAAAUGCCGACACUGAAAUCGUGUCAACGAAUAAUUCACCGCCACUUUGUGUCUUGAAUCAAAUGAAUCCUGUUGGCGGACUCAAGAGCACGCAAUCGAUUGAUGACGUUGCGGUCGAUGCUGAACAGACUAGUCACUUGAGAAAAGAGUUGCAACAUUCAAGGCAGACUAAACGAGUAGACAAAUCCGAAGGAUCAUUGCGGACGAAGAAGCAGGUGCUUGAAAAUGUACGCGUGAAAAGGAGCGAUUUCGCCGCUGACAAGGAUCCCGUAGUUCGUGGAAAGUCGACAACGUACUCCUGUAAACAUUGUAACAAAGCAUUUACUUACAAGGGCAAUUUGAUCGCACAUUCAAGGAUCCACAGUGGUGAGAAGCCAUUUAAGUGUGAGGAGUGUGGCAGUUCUUUCAGGCGAAAAAUCACUUUGACUGUUCACAAGAGAAUCCAUUCAGGUGAGAAGCCAUUUAAGUGUGGGGAAUGUGGCACAUUCUUCAGAUUCAGAAGCAAUUUGACUGUUCACAAGAGAAUUCACACAGGUGAGAAGCCAUUUAAGUGUGAGGAGUGUGGCAGUUCUUUCAGUCAAAAAAUCACUUUGACUGUUCACAAGAGAAUUCACACAGGUGAGAAGCCAUUUAAGUGUGGGGAGUGUGGCAGUUCUUUCAGUCAUAAAUUCACUUUGACUGCUCACAAGAGAAUCCAUUCAGGUGAGAGGCCGUUCGAAUGUCGAAUUUGCAAUGUAGCUUUCAGGCACAAAUCCAAUUUAUCUCACCACUUAUUAAUACACUCGAAUGAAAGACCAUUCGGUUGUGACAUCUGCAAACAAUCAUUUCGGUCGAAGAGAAUUUUAUCGGAUCACAUGAACCUUCACAGUGGUAAUCGGCCGCAUAAAUGCAACGUGUGCCAAAAAACGUUUCACCAACAACCCACUUUAUACAAGCAUCGAAAAGUCCACUCCGAGGAAGAAGAGUAGCCAACCGAUAUCCAAUUUCUGAAAGAAAUCCAAAACUUCAAAUUUAUUCAGCGAGAAUAUUGAAACGACAUUGCGAACGAAGUAAUUUUUCGGUGUCGAGACGAUUUCUGUGAAGAUUUUGUUUCUUGAAUUUUUGUAAACUUUUUGUUUCGUGUUCGUUUGUAAUAUUCCACUUGAAGCAUUCGCAGACUCUACUUGCUUGUAGCAGGUAAGAUUUGCUGUGUUAUGAAUCGAGUUUCUGAAUAAAAAUGUGUUUUCCAAC